AUGUUAUACGACUUAAUCGGUGUUUACGGGAAGGUCGGCCAGAGUGGACGAAAUGAUGAUGACGUCUACGAUCGAUAUAGUCAUCGUUGGACAAUAAUUUUACUCGGUGUAUUUAUCAUUGCUAUUAGUGCAAAACAAUUUGUCGGCACACCAAUUGAAUGCAUUCCACCAGCUGAUUUUGCCGGAAAUCAUAAAACUUAUGUGGAAAAUUUCUGUUGGAUUCAUUACACUUAUUCCGUGGACGAGAAUACGGCUUUAACACGCGACUUUAUUCGUGGUGCUAAUGGUUCUCAUAAAACUCCGUAUUAUAUUUGGAUUCCGUAUAUAUUCAUUGCUGCUGCUCUGUGUACGUAUCUACCAGCAUGGUUAUGGCACGUGGUUGGCCAUCGAGCGACAUUCGAUGUUCCAGCAAUGAUUAAUCAAUUAUCGAAAAUGAAGUUAACGGUUCCAGAAGAUCGACGAUCGAAUUUAACAGUCAUGGCUAAACAUUACGAGAAAGUGGAACAAUAUUCUCGAUCGAAUAUACGCGUCACGGAUAAUAUGUUUAAACGAUGUAUAUCUGCGUGUAUGUUUUUUGCGGGUGGAGGAGUAUUAACAGGAAUUUAUUUUCUCAUUAAAAUUUGCUAUUUAAUCAAUGCUAUCGGCCAAUUCUUCCUUAUGAACCAUUUCCUUAAUAUUGAUUAUUGGUCAUAUGGACAAAAAGUUCUCCGUGGAGUAUUCACUGGCCGUGACUGGAUGGAAAAUAAAAUAUAUUUUCCGCGUAUUGUCUACUGUGACUUUGCCAUUCGAUAUUUAGGAGAUAACAAUCUUAACUACACAGUUCAGUGUACAUUACCUGUUAAUCUUUAUAACGAACGAAUCUUUGCAUUCUAUUGGUUUUGGUUGAUAUUCUUAACAUGUGCAACAUUCUAUGGCAUUGUUGUCUGGCUUGGACAAAUGAGUUAUCGUGGUCGUCGUAGUUUCUUAAAGAAACACUUACGUAUCAAUCGUGAAUUAGCAAUGACUCAACAUGAACGCCGUUUAUUUGAAUCCUUUUCUGAUCGUUAUCUUGGUGGCGAUGGCAUCCUUUUCCUUCGUCUGGUUGCCAAAAAUACAAAUCCCGUUGUUGCAGGUGAACUAUUGGGAAUUAUGUGGGAUCGAUUUGUUGCGCGUGAGAAUGCGGUGGUUAUUGUAGCUUCAUUAGCAAGUGCUGAUCCGAAUGGUAAAACAUUAGAUGCUGAUACAUAUCUGAAUGGUGGCGGGCAUGGGAAGUUUAUCGAUGAUCGUACCCUGCCAUUCAAUCAACCAUUGAAACAAGAUUAA